GAUAGUGAGAGACAGAGAUAGAGAGAGACACAGGUAGUGAGAGACAGAGCUACAGAGAGACAGGCAGAACAUUAGACAGGGAGUCACAGCAAGGCGCCAAAGUGAUUCCUGGUUCCACUGAGAGACAGAGGGAAACAAUGAACUGAAUCUGUGGGGCCAGAACUUCCAGCAGAAUGGACUUACCUGCCAGAACUUCCCAGAACCUGAGAGCAUUGGGGGAGUGAGACCGACCCACCCAAGUGGCACAGACACUUACCUGCACAUUCUCCUGUCAUACCUGAGCCAGGCAUCAUGGUGUCCCAGAUGGUGAUAAGGGGGAUCCACCGUACAGCGAUGACCUUCGGGAUGGCCUUCCUGCUGGGGGGGGUGGUGCUGCUGACCAUCUCGGGCGGGAUGUUCAUUUUGGGGGCCUGUUUCCUGGGGUUCGGCAGUCUGGUCGUCAUUGUCUCUUUCCUGGUGACGGUGUCGGCGUGUGUGCGCAAGCGCCGGAGCGAGGGGGGGGAGAGCGGCGCCGAGGCUGAAAUCCGGGGCCCAGCGGCGACCCAGAGACAGACAGAAGUGGACGUGGCCCAGUACGAUGCCCCCCGGUAUGAGGAUGUGAUGGUUCAGGGCCCUGCGACUGUUUGGACAGUGACAAUUGGGCCGGUGCCGGAUAGCGAGCCCCCCCCAUACAGCGCUAUCGCCAGUGGGAAGGUGGGACCCAUUGGCCCAAUAGGAGUGCAGCGCCCCACCCUGCUGCGCAUCAGCUCCGACAUCCAUGAGUUUAAGAACUCGGGCGCUAUCCUGGAGGAACGUUGGCCGGAGCCCCUCACCCCCCCACCCGACUACAGCGACUCAGAGAUACAGUGGGAGGAGGACUUUCAGCAAGUGACCAAUGAACGGAGAGCAAGCUCUGCAGGACAGGGGGAAAGUCAGAUGUGAUUGGGCAUGUGCUCUGCAAGAAAGAGCCAAGGGACAAUGCUCUGCAAGACUGGCCAAGGGACAAUGCUCUGCAGGACUGGCCAAGGGACAAUGCUCUGCAGGACUGGCCAAGGGACAAUGCUCUGCAGGACUGGCCAAGGGACAAUGCUCUGCAGGACUGGCCAAGGGACAAUGCUCUGCAGGACUGGCCAAGGGACAAUGCUCUGCAGGACUGGCCAAUGCUCUGCAGGACUGGCCAAUGCUCUGCAGGACUGGCCAAUGCUCUGCAGGACUGGCCAAUGCUCUGCAGGACUGGCCAAUGCUCUGCAGGACUGGCCAAUGCUCUGCAGGACUGGCCAAUGCUCUGCAGGACUGGCCAAUGCACUUCAGGACUGGCCAAUGCUCUUCAGGACUGGCCAAGGGUCAAUGCUCUGCAGACUGGCCAAUGCUCUUCAGGACUGGCCAAGGGACAAUGCUCUGCAGACUGGCCAAUGCUCUUCAGGACUGGCCAAGGGACAAUGCUCUGCAGGACCGGGCCCAGCCACAGACAGGGUGGCACCUAUGGAUAAGCAGAAGGCUCUGCAACAUGGGCAAAGCUCUGCCCAGGACUAUAGAUUAACCCCUUAGUAGCCAGAGGGCAGGGCUGCUACAUGAGUGCUGCCAAUCUGUGGGGGUCUCAUUGGCACAGAUAUAAGGGGGACCCAAAGAUUUGCUUUUCCAACUCUUGGACUUGGGCAGCACUUCAAUAUUAACCCUUGAAUAACCGAUCAGCGAACAGAUUUCAUAAUGCUGCUCUACUUUGCACUGAACACGUUUACAAUAUGGCAGAUGGGGGGCCCCGGGGGGGGCGGGUUUAUACUGUGAGCUUUCUAGGCUGCUGCGUCACUGGCAGGGACUCAUAAUUCGGGGUACAGUGAUUAAGGGGUUAAAUGUAUGCAAUGGUACAGCCUGGGGGCCAAUCAGGGAAUGUCAGAAAGGGAUGGGGGGGGGCAUAUUAUUUAUUACAAUAAAAAAUCCAAAUGG